AUGAAGUCGGAGAUAUCUGCGCAACCGUAUGACUGGCCUCACGAUGGACUACUGUCCCCCAAGUCGACAGCCCUAGUAGUCAUAGACAUGCAGAUGGAUUGGGCACCGCCCGACCUGUCCACGCUCUCGCCGCGCGAGCUGUACCGAUCGCGCAACACGUCUUCCGGGAUGGGCAUAGGCGAUGCUGGUCCGAUGGGCAGGCUGCUCGUGCGUGGCGAGCGCGGACACGAUAUCAUCCCGGAGCUGAACCCGCUCGAGGGGGAGCCGAUUGUUGACAAACCCGGGCGGUCGGCGUUUGCGUAUACGGACUUUGAGCUACUGCUGAAGGUGAAGGAGGUGCGAAUGUUGAUUGUGUGUGGCGUAACGACGGACGAUGCGACGGGGACGGCGCUCGAGGAGUUGCAUGCGGCUGCGGUGAAUAUGGUGCAACAUCCGGGAGGAAUUUUCGGGGGCGUAGGGAGGGCGACAUGUUGA